AUGUUUUUCACCUGCGACCGCCAAUCCAUGGCCUCAGCAAUCUUGCUUUUGCUUACUCUAACUUCAACGCCUGAAGGUGUGCGCUCCCAUACGAUCACCAGCUCCCCGAAAACGGCGGCCGCCGCGAAUCCAACAGCAACUUGCGAAUUUCGCACAAUCAACUAUAUCACAGAUUCGUUACCACAACUAUGCUUCAAAAGCUCUUGGAGCGCGAACGCGAGCACCGUCAGGACGGUGUCGGGGGAGGAGGCCGGCGGUGAGAAAGAAGCGGUGGACAAAGAUUCGGCAAUGCGCCCCUCUAGAGAUGGAGGGGACGAGACGGGAAAUGAUACAGCCAAUCUCACAUCGACGAGCGCGUCCGUAACGAGCACGUCGUCGUCCACGCCUUUGCCGACUGAGACUGAGGCUAUGCCAGAGGAGGUUAGUGAGUUGGACGAAGGAUCUUUUUUGUCCUUUGAAGACUGGAAGAAGCAAGCAUUGGAGAAAGCCGGACAACAAAAUGCCCAAAUAGGAAGUAGAAAGGUUAGCGGUGAGAACAGAAGGAAAGAUUCAGGCCAUUCGCCAGAGAGCCAUGGCCCUUUUGGAGAGGAAGGAGAAAUAGAUAUUGAUUUUGCAGCAUUUCGAGGCUCUGAGAAUGAGCAGGAGAGUCAGGCUGCUAGAGAAGGUAAAACUGAAGAAAUUCCAGAGAAAUCCCCGAAAGUCAACACAAAGAAACGAAAGGAGCAUCGUAGCAAAGAUGCUGGGAUUACUUGCAAGGAGCGCUUCUCGUACUCGUCUUUUGAUGCCGGUGCUACUGUAGUAAAAACGCACCAGGGAGCGAAAAAUUCGAAAUCUAUAUUGAUUGAAAACAAGGACUCCUAUAUGUUGUCAGUAUGCUCAAAGGAAAACAAAUUUGUCAUAAUUGAAUUAUCCGAAGACAUUUGGAUUGAUACGGUGGUACUUGCAAAUUACGAGUUCUUCUCUAGCAUGAUCCGACAGUUUCGAGUCAGUGUUAGCGAUCAUUAUCCUGCGAAAUUGGAUAAGUGGAAGAACGUUGGGAUUUACGAAGCUCGCAAUUCCCGGGAAAUCCAGGCAUUUCUCAUCGAGAAUCCGCAGAUUUGGGCGAGGUACAUUAGAAUUGAAUUUGUGAGCCAUUAUGGAAAUGAGUAUUAUUGCCCACUAUCUCUCGUCAGAGUUCACGGAACCCGAAUGCUCGAGAGUUGGAAAGAAUCGGAGGCAAAUGGUGACGAUGACGAUGCGGAGGAAGAGAACGAGGAAGAUGCUGCAGAGACCAGUUACGAGCCUGAAGCUGUAGCAGAUGCUGUCAAGGAGAAAGAAAGACAAGCUUUAGAACUUCGCAAACGGGCGGAAGAAGUGGUAAAAAAGAAUCAUGAAACUGCUGUCGCCAAUGCUAGAGCCUCUGAACAACGCUUUUUGGACGAGGGAACUUCCCCUUGGGUCAAAUUCCGAUUUGCUUCUCCGAAGCCAAAUAAAUCGAGCGGCAUCGAAGAUAUUUGCUUACCAAAAGAUGGACCGACAACAAGUCAUGCCCCUUCUUCUUCUUCCGAGCCAGAAGCAGUACCAGAGGCGGCCCGUUCAUCUACCGUGACGAGCUCAAGCACAAUUAUCGAGAUUAGUGCGUCCUCUGGCAAGUCGACGACGCAAAUCCAAUCUACGCAAGAAUUUGCAUCCGAAUUUGUCUCUACAUCUAGCGCUGUCGCGUCAAACAUGACGAGUAGUUCGUCCACCUCAGAACCUGCAACGACCACUAUGGCUCAGCAGGUGACGUCGCAGCCAAGUAGAACUCAAGUGAGCACAGGCUCACAAAAGAAUAAGACCAGCGGGACCUCCUCCGCCUCGUCUUCUUUACCGACUAUCCAAGAAAGCUUUUUCAAAGCAGUCUCGAGACGACUACAAUCGCUGGAAACAAACUCGACCCUUUCCUUGAAGUAUAUUGAGGAGCAAUCUAGGAUAUUGAGAGAGGCCUUUUCCAAAGUGGAGAAAAAGCAGUCCCAGAAAACUACUUCUUUUUUGGAUACGUUGAAUAGUACGGUCCUCACGGAGCUGCGAGGCUUCCGACAACAAUAUGACGAAAUUUGGCAAUCUACCGUUAUUUCACUUGAGAGCCAACGAGAAGAGUCGCGCAGAGAAAUUAUCGCGAUUAGCGCUAGACUCAACAUCCUCGCGGAUGAAGUUGUGUUUCAAAAACGCAUGUCUAUUGUUCAGUCGGUUUUGCUCUUACUUUGCCUUGGCCUUGUCAUCUUUUCAAGGGUUUCUUCAACUGGUCAGGGGGAACUUCUAAAUCUGCAGAACAGGUUCCGCAAUUUCGGGGCAGAGAGCCCUUUACAGAGUGCUGUAUUUGGUUCGUCCUUCCGGCGUAUGGACCCCACGAGAAGUGACGGCUCAUGGGCGGAUGGUGGACAUAAUAGAGUGUUGUCCGAUGACUUCGGUAUUUCCAGGUCUGGAAGCUUUAGAAAUGGUGCUCAGACACCCACGUCGAUCUACUCACGUUCUGAUUACAAUUUUACACCACCAUCAGGUCCUGAGGAAGUCCCAUCCACCCUCACGGACGAGGAUUUAGAGCCUCGACCGGAUCAUCUUGAGCCACCUAGGCCUCAACCGCAUCGUCGAGUUUCAGGACUGGCAAACGAGCAUGAUAAUUCAUUUCAGAGUUCGAAGACAGCUCAGAGUUCGCCAGCGAGAUCGCCACGGAAGCGGAAAGACUCGUUCCAGCAGGUUGCAAGUCCCCCACCGGAACCUACGUGCUCAUCCAUCGAGACAACACCUGAACCAUAUGAUCUUAAUGGUGAUUCUCCAGGCCGCUCCCAGAUUGGCCGUGCAGCCGCAUCACCCUCACUUUCCUUUCGGGAACCAGCCCUGAGCCGUGUAUCUAGCGACAGUGAAGAGAUCGAGGGCAGGGAGUCCAGAGAAACUCCAUUUAGUAUUAGUCGGAAACCGCUUCCCGCUUUGCCGCCAACUUCUACAUGA